AAAACAGAAGAUUAAAACAAAAAUUCAUAAUACCAUAGGGCCUACGAACGCUCCCAACGCUUGCUAUGCUGGGAUAGAAACCAAUUAGAUUGAUAUUUAUUGUUAUUGUUUUGAUUAUUAUUUGCUAUGAGACACAUAUAUACUUCCAGAGAAACGGAUGAUGCACAUUACACCACCCUUACCUACAACGGUGCGGAGUCGUCCAAAAACGAGGUCGUUCGCAAGGGGGGUGCCGUUGUAUUUAUAAGGGACGCAGAGUCUGACAAGGAGCAGUUUCUCCCCAUCUAUCACCACCACAGCAUCACGUUACGUGAUUUGGCUGAGGAAUUUAACAUCAGUAGUGUGCUUGAGUGCGACGCACAGGGCAGCGUCCAGCCCCGCACCGUCGCGUUGGAUUCACCCUCAGAUAUCUUACACGCGGGGCGACAUUACAUCGCUCACUGUGAUGCAAAGUCAGAGGCGGGUGCCAGUCGCGUUACCUUUCGUGGGAGGAUCGUCGUCAAAGAAUAUGAACUGGACCAUAGCACCCCCAACUCGGCUUGCUUCGACUCUGGACAAGACAUGUGCGAUAAGGGCGGCUCAGGGGAAAAGACAGGCUCCCAAGGAUUAUCCCAGGACACCGAGACCCAUCUAUUGAGCAGCGGGAAUCCAAAUAAGGAAAACGAAGUGGACAGAGUAUCUUCCCGUUCUGUGUCCCGUGCGGCGUCACUGGGAACUACAGAUGUACGGAAGCGUGCACGCGCGGACGACGUUGAUCGGACUUCAAAGGAUCGCUCAAUUUUGCACCACCACGACACGGAUUGCACGGCCACCGUGCAGGUUCGCUGCACAAGCUCUAGUGACAGUACUGGCAAGGGGGAACAGUCGAUCCUCUCGGAGUGUAGCCAGCUCGAAAAAGAACCACAUAAUUGGUUCUUACCGUUUCAAGCUGACCUACACGGCGAUGGGGUCCAAGUAAUGAUUCAAUUGGAGGACCUCAAAGCCAUUUGUGAGCAAGUUGAUGCACAAGAGGCUGAGUUUGUUAGACGCCGCGAAGAGGCUGAAAGAAUCAUGGAGGAGUCUAGAAAGAAGCUACUUCUUUUAAAAGAGCUUCGAUGGAGUUAG